UGUAUCAGAAGGAAUGCGAUUUGCGAUGUAGAAAUUUUUGGAAUUUGUAGAGAUAAUUAAUAUGAUGAUAAUUAUUUAUAGUUAUGUAGGAAUUUGUAGAAUAUUCGAUAUUUCGAUGGAUGAAGGUUGUGUUUUCCACUAUCGCAGAAUCAAUUCGAGUACGUAUUCGGCAAUUUUUACACUGAUUUUUGUUCCUACUAAUUUGUGUUUCAUUCUUUGUGUGUUUUAUUACGCUGUAUUUUUUCUAACAGAGAACUGAGCCAAUUUCACGCGAUGAGUUACCAUAAAACUGGACAACUGUUGCAGUACCCGACGAAAAAUCAGUCACGAAGUAAAGUGUAUGCCGCGAAUAACAGCUUGAGCGGCAGCGAGACGGAUAUUUGUAGUUCAAACGAGAAUCUGUCGCAGGAAGAUCGAUUCGUGAUUUGUAACACUUUAAGGCAAGAACCUCAAGGACAAGAGAAUAAUCGUUAUAGUACCGAUUCUUCGUAUAAUACGCUAAUCAUUCAUGGAGCUAACGAUGAACACAGGUAUUUGUCGGGGACACCUCCUUACGCAUAUAGUGUUAAACACAACUCGUCCAUAUGUUCCAAUUCGGGAUCAAAGGAUUCCUAUCGAACCUAUGAUCCGGGAGUUUGCGAAAUAACUAAUAUACCAGAUGAUUACUUGAGCCAGUCACAGGUUCUGAAGCAUUUAGCAAAGGAAGUUAAAGUGCCAUAUUCGGAUCAUAGGAAUAAUUACGAAAACCCUAACGAAUGUUCAACCAUUAAUGAAAAUAGCGAAUGGAAUGCCGAGAAUAAUUCAUUGAAUCAUUCAUUUCGAUCGAAAUCUCAACCGGAUCUGACCCAGUUGCAUAAAACGAAAAUUGAAAAUCCAUCUAGGCACACUUUUGGUAACACAAGAAAAGACCAACGAUGUAUACAAAUGAUGGAGAAUCUGAUACAAGAAAACAAUAACUUAAAACUAGAAUUAGAAGCAUGUUUUCAAAAAGUAGCCAAAUCUACAAAACUCGAACAAGAAGUAGGCAAAGUCCAUCGAGCCCACGAAGACCUUGUUGAAUCGUGUGAAAGACGAGAACGCCUAGAACGAACAGCUCGAGCUAAAUUACAAGCUGAAAUCAGACGAUUACAAGAUGCCAAUCGUAGUCUACGAGACCAGGUCGAUACACAAGCUAAACAGCUCAUCGCUGCUAGAAUAUCUCACAGUGGCAGUCUCGAUAAACAAGAUUCGUCCAAAAGAGAUGCCAUUAUUGCUCAACUUCUUGCUCAAAAUAAAGAACUUAUGGCUACCAAAGAUAGACAAGAGAUUGAACUAUCUGCUCAAAGAGUUACGCUGGAAGAACAAAGAACUCAUAUCGAUAUUCUAGAUACAGCUUUAACCAAUGCUCAAGCCAACGUAGUACGACUCGAAGAAGAAUGUCGAAAGAAACAAAUGCACGUCGAUAGAGUGGCCCAGCUGCAAAGAGCUUUAUCAUCACUGCAACUAACCAGCGAACGACGAGAACAAACCGAACGAAAAUUACGACUGCAGUUGGAAAACGAACUGAAAAUGGAAAGAGCCCGGAAUAGUAAAACAUCUCAAAGCCAUAGUGUUAAUCGUGCUGUAGGUGAAUUUGGCGAAAGCUUACCCGAACUGAAACGUAAAAUGAGAGAAAAAGAUGAAAAAAUUAUGCACCUGGAAGGAGAAGUAGCCAAAUGGGAACAGAGGUAUUUGGACGAAAGUGAAUUACGUCAGGCUGCCAUCGAUGCUGCUAGUAUACCAAAGGAUGCAAAAAUAGCAGCUCUUGAAAAGACCAGUCAAGAAAGUGAGAAAAUAAUCGCCGAAGCUAGAACAGACAAAUUGAGACAGAUGGACGAAGUUCACGCAGCUCAGAAAAAGGUUACAGAUCUAGAGUCAAGAAUGAAAGAAUUGGAAUCUAAAUUAGCAGAACGCGAUGCCAUGAUCAAAGUACUGCAGAAAAAGCACACUUACGAUAAGGAGGUCACUUCAAGCUCAUAUCCAAGCAUGUCAAUUAAUCAUCAUGGUAUCCAUUCGAGUCUCAAUAUGACUGAUUUGAAUGCUGAAGAUUUAGGAGGUCCAGCUUCUACAACCAGCGUAUUAUCUGCUGCUUCGAGUGUCCUUACGAGUUCAACUGGGUUCGGAUCGAAUACAUCGUACGGUGGCAGUGUAAUGAGCAGCUUACAUCAGCGAAGUAAUAAGUAUAGCUCGAGUAAUCAGAGUUUUGACGAGAAGUCACUCGAUGACCAGUUGAAAGAACUCGACUCUCAGCUUCUAAGCAAGAGAGGUCUUUGCUGUUUUCCAGGCUUCUCUCAUCCAGGCGCUGUGUCGCGAAAAGGAAAAGCAUCCCAACCACUACUGGCGAGUGUGACCGGUAAUAACAUGCAGCUUUUCGAGCCGGGCACCAUAUUACAAGGGUUAAUUAGCCAAAGCACCAAUCGACCCGACGAUAUGAUCCUGCUCGAGAAACAAGGCCUGUGCUCGCAAGCUCAACGCCAAGACCUCGUCCGAGGCGGAAGUCUACCGCCGAGCUCGCUACCUCGACCCAAAAAACACCGCAAGUCGUCGGUUACCACGAAAUUCGGCGAAUACGGCCGGCUCAGCGAUAGUGAGAUCACCAUGCAGAAAUCCACCAAUUCCAGCGUAGAUAAUGUCAACUCUGGGCCCAGUCGAAGCUCCAAAGCUAGUCGAGAGUCCACUCCGAAGAAACUGGGAGAAUACAGUCGCCUGAGCGAUGAACGUAAAACACCUACGCCCACUUCGACUCCACCCAAUGAAAAGCUGAUAAUGCAACGUGACGGUCGCGAAUCGAGUAUACCUCUUCCUAGACGUUUCGGCGAAUACAGGAAAUUGGCAGAUAACGAGAAACCAGCCACGUUGGCCUCGAUGACCGCCGUUGACACGAGCGACGGAUGCCAUUCUAUUCGCGAAUCGCCCUCGCGUCGGUAUCCUUCACCAGGUGCCACAUCUUACGAACCAUAUGCCAAUAUGCCAGCUUCUGAUCCGCGUAAAACCUGCGAAAGCCCGGUCAACCAUAAACUCCGCGAAUCCCCAGGUAGAUCUAUGUUCAUCAAAUGGGGCGAAUACAAUAAAUUAAAAAUCGCCGAAAACGAACGCAAAAUGUCCACCAACUCUACCAGUUCCACCGAAAGUGGCAUGAAAAUAAGGAGCUCGCCGAUGCGCAGCUUGAUCCCGUCGGUCAAGAAAACCGGCGAAUACUCGUGUUUCACACCUGCCAGCGUAGCACAGGCCCCAGCUCAAGCACAAGCCCAAGCUGAUCAUAAUAAAAUAGGUCCUAAUAUCGAAUCCAAGCUAAGGAUAUUCUCACCUGGCGGAGUACCUGGUCGUAGAGGUUCGCUUCAGAGAGAAAACAAGAAAGAAGUUACCGAAGGAGUUCGCUCCUUACCUACUCCCAAUAAAUAUCGAAUACAUUUUUAAAUAUUUUACACAACUUUAUUACGUAUAAUAUCGAGUCUUCCAAAACACUUGAGUCUUUUUUUUUCUUCUUCUAUUUUUUUUUGUAACUGGGAAUUUUCAAGACUGUAGUCAAAAGGAUGAGCUUAUAAGUACCAAAUUAUUAAUUUAUUUAAGUGUUUUUUUUCUCUUUCUUUCUUUUUAUUUAUUUACGAGAAAAUAAGGAGCUUAAAUUUUUUAGUCUUCGAAAAAGCAUUUUUUUUCUUUCUUUUUAGAUUUUAAGUACCUUUAUGAUUCCUUUAUUACCAAUAUGUUUUCAUUCUUCCAUUUUGUGUCAUGACUUUUCAGUAUAUAGCGAAAGGCAUUUAUAUAUUUUUUUAACUCGAUCAGUCGAGAUUUUGCUCUUAAUAUCUACACAAUUUUACUAUCCUACGUUAUACCUAUUAUUUACUCCAUUUUGCUACAUUAAGGAGUGUUUUUUGAAAAUAUCAGGUAUUGAUUUGUGAUACCAAAGAUUCCUCGAAUUUAUCUAGCGAUAUAGAUAAAGUUUCGAUGGAAGUUUUCAUUAUUUUUUUCAAAUUGAAAAAUUGUUAAUGAAAUUAUGUUACUUACGUUUUUAUAGUCGAUUAUCUAGCUAUGUGAUCUUACGUAGGUUUCAAGUACGUUUAUUAUUUUGUAAUUUUAACCAUGUAAAUAAUUCUUUCUUUCGCCUAUUCGUGAAAGUACUGCGAACAAAUAAAUGAUAUUGCUCAAAUUAA